UUUUAGGGCUUUCGGGGUGCUUAUGUGGGAGAUCUACACCGGAGCUCGGUUGCCUUACGGUGAUUUUACGAUAGACGCUGUCAUGAGUCACAUCAUUCAGGGAGGAAAACUGGAUAAACCUGCGAAAUGUUCAGAUGAUGUAUGGCAGAUCAUGCAGAUGUGUUGGUUGGACUGUGCGGAUGAGAGGCCUUCGUUCAGAGACCUAGAGAAGUCACUACAAACGUGUCUAACUACUGGCGAUGAACAGGAAAGUGAAGGGAAUACUGAAGACACCAUCUUAUUGUGAAAAAUGACGUGGAAACUCUCUCUCUCUCUUUCUUAUG